UUCUGUUUUCCCUCCCUCAUUUGAAUCACACUUGCAGAGUGAAGUCUGUACAGACGCAAACGAUAGACAGAUUUAUGUAUCAGCAAUUAUAGAGAGAGAAAGUAGACAAACAUUGUUGAGAGAGAGAGAGGGAUUGGGGUGAGCGUUGAUGUCGAAGACGGAAGGUCUUGUGGUUCUUGAUUCGGUGAAUGCUGCAAAAACAGGAGUUCUGAACAAAAAUCCAGAUAUAGCUGAGAAGGCAGCUCGGCCGCAUGCUCAGAAUGUAGUGAGGAGGAAGCUGGCAGACAUUAGCAACCUGCCACAAAAUCAAAGAUUGUUGAUUCAAGGGGAGAAAGCACAAUGCAUUGAGACAACUACAAAAGAGUACAUUGACCAGCUUCAGAAGGAGAACAUGGCUUUGGUGAAGAUGUUGGCACAGAGAAACAAAAUCAUUGAACAGAGUGGAAUUGAGUUAGACAGAUUGAGAGUAAAUCUGCUUAAGAUGCAGGAACAGAAUCAACAGCUAGCUCUUUCAAACACCCAAAUGCUUGUGGAAUUAAAUUCAGGUAAAGAUCGGUUGAAAGUAUUGCAGCAUGAGCUUGGGUGCAAAAGUGGUCUGCUUAAAGCAAGAAAAUUGGGAGCUGAGGAAAAAGGAAGAACAGGGCCAUUGGAAGGUGCUGAUGCUGAGUUGAUGAACUCCCAGGAGGAAGUUCAGUCCAGAAAAGAAGGUGGGGAUGAUGAAAAGCCACACAAGACCAGAAGGAGUUUGCAGCCCAACAGUGUGGGUUCUUCUGAACAAGUUCAAUCAAAGGAGACGAUUGAAAAGAAAAGGCCUUCUGUGAGGAGGCAAUCUGCCAGAUUUAAAGCUGCAGAAGUGAAACCUGUUGAGGAUUUGUUUGACGCGAGAGAUACUAGCAUUCUUGCAUGUUCACAGCUCGAUGAAGCUGUUGCAGAAAAAGGGUCAACUUCUGAGAAUCCAUCAGUCAAAGUUGAAGAUAAUGAAGGCAGUUCUGGUCACAGACAUGAAUCUCAAGAGUCAGGAAGACCGUCUCUCAGAUCAUCUCGUCUAGCAGCCAAGAAGGUUCAAUCCUACAAGGAGAAACCAAUAAACAUCAAAAUGCGCAGAACUGAGUGAGAUGCUUUACUCCUGACUAACAUUUUAGAUAUAACACAGCAUGUAGCAAGCCACGAUGCACUAAAUUCUCCUCCUGGCACGCCCACGCUAUCAGUUGUUGUUCUUGUUGUUCUCUUGUUUCUGAUGUGCUGAUAUACUUUAAGAUUUCAUACCAACCUGUUUUUGUAUAAUCAACUACACCCUUGUGAAUGUUUCACUAGAUAACUAAGUAGUUUCAAAACAGGAUUAGUUCCUGUAAUUAUGUACCAUCCUAGCACCCUUCUUUCUCCUUUGUGUGGCUGUGCCCAUACAGGCAAACUCUUGCGGAUGCAAUGUAACGCCUAGCAUUUUGGUCGCUGUUUUCGUUGAGCUGUGGAAGAAAAAUUCGAUCUAGUGUGCUGUCUGGAUGAAUAUAAUUGUCUUUGGCUUGCUAAA